UCUUCUAGGAAGGUUAAAUAAGCUUUACAGCCUUCAUUGAAAACACAAGCAGCCACUGAAGAUGCAAAUUCGACGAUAAUUGCUGAACCACUCUCAACUUUCGGCGCAAUCUUCCAAAUAAGCUGGUUCAAACUCUCAUUAUUAUUUUGUGUGAAUCCGCCAAUACAUCGCUCUAGGAGAGCAUCUUUGCUUAAAUCUUCAUAAAUUGGCUUGAUUCCUUGUAAAACAUCAGUUGGUAGACCAGAAUAUGAGUGUUUGAAGUUAUUCAGCUUGUUUGAAGCUGCAGCUUUCUGCCAUUCACACCAUGAGUCUUCUCCGCUAGGGCAGUUUUCGUGUUGUGGUUUUGCAUCGGUUGAGGCAUAAUGAUAAGGAAUAUAAUUUUACAGUAGAGUAUCUUAGAGGUAAAGAUAACUAUGUUGCUGAUGCGUUAUCAAGAAUAACCAUCAAAGAAUUAAAAAAUAUAACCGGAAAUAUUAUGAAAGUCACUACGAGAUUACAAAGUAGACAAAAAUCCUGCGCAGGAGAAACAAACAAAUCUGAAUUGCAUACGCAAUCAACAGAAAAAGCUUCAAUGCCCAACGUAUACCAAGUCAUCAAUAACAACGAGCGUCGUCUCUCUCACACCCGCAGUCGAAUCGAUUUACUUCCACGACAGGCAACGAAAUCUCAAGGGAUUUCGCAUACAACCGUCUUCAACCGAGCGACUCCUGGAUUGCUGACGUACACGGCGGAACAUUGGUUUAGGACCAGCCAACUACUAGCGAUUUCUUUUUGCCGCCGAUGUAUUUUCAGAGAGUCGAGGAUGACAUCAGCGACAAGGGGAACAGUUAAAAAAUAUCUGGGUUGCCCAUGGCGGUGGGCGAGAUACACCAGGUCGCCCGGUGUGGACCAGUUGCCGAGGAUGCACCACAAACAACAACUACAGCUUCAGCAUGCGGUAGCAUAAAUCACCUGGACCCAUAUAUGAAAAGAUAAACCCAGCACAAACAAACAAGCUGAUGGUGUAUCCCCGAGGCAAGAAGACGUCCUGAUGUAGAUGGCGGUGGGCAACAAUAUAUCAGAAGACGUAUUAGUCUUAUAAAAAUGCAUAAACCAAAAAAUAAAUGGAAAUAUGAAUACA